AUGUCUGCCCUCGAUCUCGUCCAGCAAUAUUCUCAGACUGCCCUCGCGCAGCUCCCCGGACCCGCGCAGGAGCUCCUGGCCAAGCCGUUCACUCAAAAGGCGCUGGCCGUCCUGCUGGCGCUGGGUGUCCUCCGCUCCGUCAACAAGUCUCUGUCGCAAUGGACCAUGAACAAUUGGACUCGCAGCGAGCGCUGGCAGUCCACGCGCGAGAUCAUUCUCAUCACCGGUGGCUGCAGCGGCAUCGGCAAGCAGGUCAUGGAGGACCUGGCCAAGACCGGCGUGCGCGUCGUGAUCCUGGACAUCAACGAGCCCAAUUUCAAGCUCCCCGCCAACGUCUCCUUCUACCGUGCCGAUAUCACCUCCUCCGCCAACAUCGCCGAGGUUGCCAAGGCGAUCCGCAGCGACCACGGUGAUCCCACCGUUCUCGUCAACAACGCCGGCGUCGGUCACGACGGGACCAUCCUCGAGGAGCCCGAGGCCAAGAUCCGCCAGACUUUCGAGGUCAACACCAUCUCCCACUUCCUCAUGGUCAAGGAGUUCCUGCCCGCAAUGAUCCGCGCCAACCACGGCCACGUCGUGACGAUCGCCAGUAUGGCCAGUUUCGUCGGAAUCGGCGAGAUGGCCGAUUACUGCGGUUCCAAAGCUAGUGCCCUGGCCUUCCACGAGAGUCUGCGCCAGGAGCUGAAGGCGUGGUACAACGCCCCCGCGGUCCGCACCAGCGUCGUCCACCCGAUGUGGGUUCGCACCCCCAUGAUCAAGCUUCUGACCGACCACGAGUCCCACUUCCGCCAGCCCAUCAUGACCGUCCAGUUCGUGUCGGACGCCAUCUGCAAGCAGAUCCUCAGCCAGAACAGCGGCCAGGUUAUUUUGCCCCCUAGUCAGUCGGCCGCUAGCCUGGUGCGCGCCAUGCCGACCUGGAUGCAGGAGGGUAUCCGCUCGAUUGCCUCGAAAUCGCUGCGAAGACUGCGUGAGGUGCAACAGAGGGAGGGUCUGUAG